AACAGUAACAUAUUGGUCUAUGGUGCAAUAUAAUAAUAUACAGUUUUUUUAAUAAUAUUAUUAUCAUCUAUGAUUGGAAAGUCAUAAGAUCUUGGCAGUCGGUGGGCCGAGGCUCGGAAUCCGAAUUGACACCAGACGGAAUAAUAAUAUUAUAUCGGGCACCAGCGCUCGGUUAGCUCCUAGCGGACCAUCGGCCGGCCGGAUUGCCAGAGCCCAGAAGUGUCAUACUAACUUCGAUAUUCAAUAAAAACACCCGCUUGUUACAUACCCGUCGCUUAGUGUUCACCUGUUCGCUGUUAAGUCUUUGUGGUAUCCGUUUAGUGCUUAGUUAGAUACAUUUUUUCCACAGUAUCCACUCGCUGGUCGUACGCACCGUUUGCAACUCCAAUUGCUAAGGCGAGUCAAUAAGUGCUGUUGCAAUGAGUGAUGAAAAAUUGCAGCAGGGUCAUAAAAUCACAACAGUAAAUUCAUCAACUAUUCCAAGUAUGAAUUCAGGAAUUCUAUGUAUGAAUAUGAUAGACCAAGAUAAUGCUGUAUUAAAAAUUCAUACCGAACCAAAAGACAUUAUUUUAGACCAGGAAGUGGUUUCAUCCAAAGAAUGUUCAACAACUACAAAGACAGAUAAAUCAUUAACUAGUUCAACAUUUAAAGUUUCUGUAAAUGGUAAUCCAGUUCAUGAAAAAAUAUCAGAUAUGCUAUCAAUUUCAACUCCAGUUACUGGAAUUUUAUCAUCAGUGGCAUAUUCUAUGAUUGAUGUACAGACUACACAAAAUCUUCUUUAUUAUGAAUUUCCGAGAACUAUUACAGCAAUAUCAUCGAUACCAACCGAUUUUAUGCUAGUUUCUUGUAUACCUCGUAAUAUCAUGUCAUUAUAUGUACAACCAAGAAUUGAUUAUGAACUGCAGUUUAAUAUAUUUAAUGCUCGUAACAUACUCAGAUGUACUACAUUCAUAUAUGGGCCAAACGUGGUAAAUGUAUUACCAAAAAUUGAGCAUUUAAAAUACUCUAUGAAAAUAUGUUACAAUGAUAAGCAUCUUUCACCUUCAAUGGAUGUUUUUAAAAUCACAACUGGAACACAAGUAACACAAUCAUUUCAAUUAAAAUGUGUAGAAAAGGUUUCAGUUAGAAAACUACAAAAUGUGAAUGGAAUCAAUUUAUACAAUCCUCAUGAGCUUAUUAAUAAUCUCAAUAAUGAUGUAAAGAUUACAACUGACAUCAGAAAGAAAAAUCAAACAUCAACAAAUAACCAGACAAAUUGACCAAAUUAGACCAUUAUAAUAGAACACGAAAAUUUGAUGUGAAUUCAUUACACUGCAUAAUUUACAGGUAUUAAAUCUAUAACUUACAUUAAUUGGAUCAAUAAAAAUGUCUUUUAUUCAAAUAUAAAAAUAAAUUUUACUGAAUAGUGCAUUGCAUUAUAUUAAGUAUGGUAGAUUUAAUAUAUAUUCAUAAUUUAAUAAUUAACAGUUUAGACUCCGCUAACA